GCUUUUUCCCCAUGACCUGUUGACAUUACUAGUGCUGAUGUAAGUUUGCAGAUCAUUUUAUCACUAUCGCCCAUCACACACUAUCUUCCUUCAGCUACUUUGCUACAUCCGAAGAUGUGUCAUUAGCGAUGGGGAUAUUCUUCUGGGGAUUCCUAUUGGCCACCAAGUCUCAUAUUGAUGGAACUAGAGAGAGCCUGUAGUCUUUUCACUCUACUACCUUUUUCGCUCUCUGUUUCUUUUCACUGCUCAUUCUCUCUUUCUUAUUUGCGCCGAUGAGCACAGUUAGCAGCGGCUUGUACUAUAGCUGCUUGCCACCAUGCUACCUAUACUCGAGGCGACGUUGAGUCUUGCUCUGGCUUCUAUCGUAUCAGCUGGCAUCAGCUCGAUUGGCAUCUCCAGAGAUCUUGAUGAGCCUGAUGAUUACUCAUGGAUUAAGAAGUUUGCCGCUGUGGGAGACAGCUUCACAGCUGGCAUUGGUUCUGGGGAUCUAUACGACGAGACCGACAACUCCUAUGAUUGUUCGCGAUAUUCGUAUACCUAUCCUGUGAUUAUGGACCAUUUCUUUGGACCCAGUAUUGACAAGUUCACAUAUACUGCGUGCUCGGGGGCUAUCUCAAUGGGAAUAUUCGAUCAAAUCAAUGCUUUGGAUGAUGACCAAGAUGUUGUCAUCUUAACUGCUGGUGGAAAUGAUCUUUGCCUUUCGAAAAUAAUAGACAAAUGUAUAGCUGGUGCAGCAACAUCAGAUGAUGCAUGUGACGCUGCCAUAAAGCAUGCCCAAGACGCACUUGGGUCAGGGGGUUAUUUCAAGGAUAACAUCAAGGGCGUCCUCACGGCAAUAGAUUCUAAAAUGGCCAAAAAUGGGAUUGUGGUCCAAGUCCUGUAUGCCCAAUACUUCAACGAUAAGACAGAUGCUUGCACAAGCGAAGAUUGGCAGAUCAUCGAUCUGGAUGCUGGAGCUGGUGUAUCUCUGAGCAAAAAAAGACGUACACAGUUCAACUCGCUAGUAGUUGACACUAAUAAGGCAAUAAAGGAGGUUGUAGAAGAGGUCGCGGCCGACGCAAAAACAAUGACCCUCGUAACUGCUGAUUGGGAUGUCUGGGCACCGCUCACUGGUGGACAAUUCUGUGAGCCAGAUGCAAGUCCAGAUCCUGAAGACGACAGCAACAAUAAUGUCAUGUUCUUCAAGCUAUUCACCGGCAAAACCCCCCCUUUGGAGAGCCGCAGCCUUAAUACUAUCCGAUACGACAAUGACACGUCGUCCAUCCCCGAGCCGUACCUUUCUGAAAUGAGCAAGCGCGACCCUGUCGACCCCGGCUGUGGGAGCUCAUCCCUCUCUCUCCCUGACUGGAUCGGGAAAAUAUUCCACCCCAAUGGCCUUGGUCACGAAGUCAUUGCCGCAUUCGCCCUCGAUGCCAUUGCAGAUGCUCGUGCUAAAAUACUUGGGCAGGGGCCUGUAUGCCCCAUUGUUGAUAAGACAACAUGCUACUCAAGCCAGGGAAGCAAAGCUUACGCAAGUGCCGAAUCCCUCAACAACCAAAUCGAUGAUUUCUGCAGUUAUGUAAAGGACAAUGUACCAGAAAAUGAGUCAGGCUGGACACGCAGCAAAAAGUACUAUGAAGGUACCUUAGAUGAGUACACGAUGAUUGUAUCACUCUCUGACAACGCCGCCUCAUUUGACGAAAGUGAAUGCAAGGAUGCUAUAGGUACGAUUAUCAAUGGCUGUGAUGUGCCUAGCGGAGGAGACAACCCAAUGAAUUGGAAGGGUGGUGGUAAGAGAGUCGAGGGCGAAUAUACUUAUACAAUCAACAUUUAUCGGACGAAUCGACCAUGGCCCCCGCCAGAUAAGUCAACACAAGCUUGCGAAGGGUGGUACAAGUUUCUAUUUCAGUCCUAUGAUAUGUACGGUGCUGGAUGGGCAACAUACGACUACGGGCAAAAGUCAUUAAUGAAAGAAAUAAAUCCGUGCUGUGGUUCUGGAAGUUUAACUGGCUGGACAUUUGACUACUUUGACGAACCGGAUGAGAAUGGAUAUGAGUGGCACGCCUUCUUUCAUACUGCGAUUGGAACUCGUCGUCGGUGCUUUGACAACAACAACGUCCAGUGUGCCGCUGGAGGCCCAUGUGAUGGUGGCGGCUGUCGAGGCAAUGGAUGA